AUGCCGCUGCCCAUCGGCGUCAUCGGCGGCCCGAAUCGCAGCGCGUUCGGGGUCGACGAGGUGAAGUACUGGCGCGUCGCCAAGACGCCCGCGGAGAUUUGGCUGGAAAAGGACGAGUACCUCGGCGGAUACGAGCCGGAUUUGGUAUCGUACCUGCCGCUGGAGGAGGGCUGCGGGAACACCACCGCGGAUCGCGCCGACGCGGCGAAGACCGCCGGUCGCGGCGUGUGGCGCCUGAACAAACCGAACGGGGACUGGUACCCGGCGCGAGGGGCGCGGUAUCCCACCGUGGAUCCGACGUUCAAGUGCGCGAAGCUCGCGGCGGUGUUCCCCUCGGUCGUCCCGCCGCAGGGCGGGACGAUCGUGACGCUCUACGGCUCCGGUUUCGAGCGCCCGGGACCGCCCCUGGCGUUGCAUCUGAACGCGACCCCGGGCCCGGUCCUGGAGAACCACACGAACGUCGCCGCGGAGUGCCGGUUCUCGUACCGAGGCGAAGACUCGCCGAACGUCACGCGUUGGACGCGCGCCUUCGUCAAAUCCGACGACGUCGUGAUGUGCGAAGUCCCGCCCGCGCUCGACGCGAGACGCGGCAACGUCAGCGACGUCGAGUGGUACCCAUCCGGCGCGUCCACCGUGGAGUUCUGCAACCCCGCGUUCGGGUGCUGCUCCGCGCCGUCGUCGCUCAGCGCGCCUCACGUCAAGCGGAUGUCGCCCGCGAAUUACACGCCGCCGAGCGCUGUCGCCGACCCGAGCGACCACGCGGCGAUCACGUACCGAACCGCCGUCGCGACGUCGAUGUCGCCGUCGCACGCGGGCGCGCGAUCCGGCGCGUUGCUCACCAUCCGCGGCCGCGGGUUCGUGAGCGGCGACGGCGCGGAGCCCGGGACGCGCGGCUCCGGACGCGCGUUCAACCGCGGCGGCGCCGGCGUCGAGGGCGACGCCGGCGGGGAGGUUGGCCAGUCUGGGGAGACGUAUUGUCGGUUCACCGUCUUCGGCGGCGGCGCGCCCGGCGUCGGCGGCGGGAUGGUGGAUAACACGAGACAAAACGCCGGGAUCUCGAGCGUUACGCCCGCGCCGCCGCCGCUGCCGCCGCCGCCGUCGGCAUCGGCGUCGCUCGCGCGCGAGACGGCGUCGAAGCUGUCGUCCACGGAAGCGGCCGAGGCGCUUCGAAAGGCGGGGAGGAACAGAGCGCCGCCGCCGAGGGGGACGGGGCGGCUCACGACGACGGCGACGGUCGUCAACGGCGCGACGUUGACGUGCGAGCUUCCCGCGUUUCCCGCGGCGUUCUUACCGACCGGCUCCAGGAUCUCCGCGAUCGUGACCGUCGUCCUGAACGGCGGCUCGCACGAGGUGAGGGUCCCGGACGUCGUCCUCAUCGCCGCGCCGGAGGCUCCGGGGCCGAACCUCGCGCUCGCGCCCGACUCGCCGUUUAUUCGCGCGCCGACCGCGCUUCGCGACGCCGGCGCCGCGCACGGCCCCACGAACCGCGCGUCGGCGUUCCCCGCGAUCUCCAUCCUCGGCGACGCCGCCGGCGGCGCCUCCGUGGUGAUCGUCGCCCCGGACCCGGCGGUCGGGCCGGGCGCGGCGACGCGCGACCCGCGCGACGACGCGAGCGGCGGCGGCGGCGGCGGGAGACGCGCGGCGACGCCGACGCGCGCGUUCCCGGACCGUUGGGGCGGCGCGGACGACGUCGUGUACGGCGCGACGUUGGCGGACGGCAACCACACGUGGUUCACCCUCGGCGGGUUCCUCGACGCCGCGUGCGCGUUCGGGACGAUUCGCCCUGUGCACGCGCGGCCGUUCGGCGCGCGAGCCGCGGAGUGCAUCGCCCCGGCCAAGCCGCGCGACGGCGGCGGCGGCGUGCCGUUCGCCGCGACGUUGUUCGCGUCCGCGGCGCGGUACGAGCGCGUCGCGGCGCCGGCGCUCUCGCCGGGGACGGAGACGGAGACGGACGACUUUAACACCCCGAGCGUGACGUUCGAGUGGACGACCCCGAUCGAGCUCGUCGCCGCGGUCCCCGGGGUGUUACACGUCGAGUCGCCGCACUUUGGCGUCGGAAGAGACGGCGGCGGGUUCCUUCACGCGUACGGCGCGAACCUGCCGUCCGUCGCGGCGACGGCGACGUGCCAGUACGCGUACAACCGCACCGGCGCGAUCGCGUUCGAGUUUGAGGACGCCGAAGAAGAACACCUCCGCGGCGGACCCGGGUUUCACGCCUCGUUCGUCGCGCUCAACGCGAGCGCGCGCGGCGGAGCGCUCGCGGCGACGGCGCGGAACGAGACGUCCGCGAUUCGAUGCGCGCCGCCGUUUCGCGAGCGCGGCGGGUUCGUCGCCGUGAGCGUAGACGUCGACGUGCGCGUCGCGCGCGGGCUCGACGGCGGCGGCGCGAUCGCCGUCGGCGCCGGCGGCGGGUCCGGUCGAGCCAUCUCCGGCGCGUCGACGCUCGGCGGACGCGGCGACGCGCAGGCGCUCGUCAUGCUCCGCGUCGACGCCGAGGUUUGGUCGCUCGCGUCCGCGCCCGGUCCGAACGACGGCGGGUGGCUCCUGAAGCUCCUCGGCA